GGCUUAGGCCCCGGUAGAGGAGGAGGAAGAUGUCACUGCCAAAGCAGGUCAAACCACUGAUAGCAUCACUCCGCCAAAGUCAAAGAACAACCCGGACAUCCCCUUCACCCCAACUUGUUUUGGUUGUGUUUUUCACCAUGUCGUGCUGAAGUCACCGGUGAUCAGAGAUCGCCGUCCCCAGAUCAGCCGUGACAGGACAGCAGGACACAGAUCUUCGUCAUGUCUUCCAGACAUGUCUUCCAGCUGCAGAGACCUGCAGCUGCUUCAAACAGCUCAGCUGAAGCCAAAAAGCGGGACUCGAGGGCCAGUGAGAAGAAAUGCUCUUGGGCCUCCUACAUGACCAACUCUCCAACUAUGAUCGUGAUGAUCGGGUUGCCCGCUAGGGGGAAAACCUACAUGUCCAAGAAACUGACUCGUUACCUCAACUGGAUAGGAGUGCCAACAAAGGUUUUUAAUCUGGGAGUUUAUAGGAGAGAAGCCGUACAGUCGUACAAGUCCUUUGACUUCUUCAGGCAUGACAAUGAGGAAGCAAUGCGAAUCAGAAAACAGUGUGCUCUGGUGGCACUGCAGGAUGUCAAAGCCUAUCUGGGGAAAGAGGGAGGCCAGAUCGCUGUUUUUGAUGCCACCAACACCACCAGGGAGAGGAGGGAGCUCAUCCUGACUUUUGCAAAACAUAAUGCAUACAAGGUGUUUUUUGUUGAAUCAGUAUGCGAUGAUCCGGACGUCAUUGCUGAGAACAUAAUGGACGUGAAGGUGUCCAGCCCAGAUUACCCAGAGAGGAACCGAGAGAGCGUCAUGGAGGAUUUCCUCAAGAGGAUCGAAUGUUAUAAAGUGACUUACCAACCUCUAGAUCCUGACGAGCACGACAAGAACCUGUCCUUCAUCCAGGUCAUCAAUGUCGGCCGUCGUUUCUUAGUCAACAGGGUGCAGGACUACAUCCAGAGUAAGAUAGUCUACUACCUCAUGAACAUCCACGUGCAUUCCCACUCCAUCUACCUCUGUCGCCAUGGAGAAAGCCAUCACAACGUGGAGGGACGCAUCGGAGGGGACUCCGAACUGUCAGAGAGAGGAAAGCAGUUUGCAGCAGCGUUGAGAGGUUUUGCAGAGGAGCACCAGCUCGCUGACCUGAAGGUUUGGACCAGCCAGCUGAGGCGCACCAUCCAGACGGCGGAGGAGCUGGGGGUUCCCUACGAGCAGUGGAAAAUCCUGAAUGAAAUUGAUGCCGGAGUGUGUGAAGAAAUGACCUAUAAGAUGAUUGAGGAAAAGUACCCCAAGGAGUAUGCCAUGAGAGACCAGGACAAGUACCAUUACCGCUACCCCGGAGGAGAGUCCUAUCAGGACCUGGUUCAGCGGCUGGAGCCCGUCAUCAUGGAGCUGGAGCGGCAGGGCAACGUCCUGGUCAUCUGCCAUCAGGCUGUCAUGCGCUGCUUGCUCGCCUACUUCCUGGACAAGGGCGCAGAUGAUCUACCCUAUUUGAAAUGUCCUCUGCACACUGUCCUCAAACUCACCCCGGUGGCUUAUGGUUGUAAAGUGGAAAUGUUUGACCUGAAGGUGGAGGCUGUCAGCACGCACAGAGACAGGCCGCUGCAUGGACAAGAUAACAAGACACAGCAGGAGAAAAAGAAUAAACUGAGGCCGGUCGUCCCGCCGCCGCCGCCUUUCCUCCGCAGAAACAGCUUUACCCCACUGUCCAGCCAAGAUCAGGUUAAAAGGCCCCGUCUGUACAGCGAGGACAGCACUUCACAUGGCCGCGUUUCCCAAGCUCCCACUUUACCCAGCCUGCAGUUCUCUGAGGUAUCUGAGGGGUCUGAGCUGCUACAGAGCCAGGAGUCUCUGCAUGAUCUGGGUGAUGCUGACAGAGGGGACUGUGAUGGAGAGUUAAAAGAAAGGACUUAAAGAGGUUUUCUUCUUAUCCAGCACUUGGAGGAUCUGUUCACUCCGCCCAGUCCGUCUAUUUAAGGUUAAGAUCCGAACCAAAAAGCUCUUCAUCGUUGUGUCAGACCUAGUGUUUGAGUAACCUUAUAUACUGUGUGUUGUUUUGGGUAGAAGGUGUAAAUGCUUCAGCAUGACUUUGCUUUUACAUGAAUUAAAUCACUGGUUUGAGUUGAGCGGCCCUCAAAGCUACGGCGGGCUGUGAUCAUGUCAAAUGUGCAAAUCAAAGCAUGAAGAGACUGAAAAUGUGUCUUCACGCUGCAUACUGUAUACUACUGUUGCUGUUGUAGAACACCUUGACUGUGACUUUAUACCUCAAAUGAAUUGCUGUUUUUGGAUUUCAAGCAAGAGAGUAGCCCUCUCAAAGAAAAGCCUGUACAGCCCUGGGUUGUCCUCCGAUGGCUUUUCUCUUUUAACUUUGAACUGUAAACACGGCCAGGGAAUGUGUAUCCUUCCUCUCGUCACCUGGCAGGCUGAAGUAAGCCUGCUAUUUUGAAAGGGAACGAGAUUGAGACGAGAUUGCCAUUUAUUCUGAAGCAGGCGGACAUAAGCUGUAAACUGUAAUGAACCGUUCUGUCUGGCUCUGUGAAAAGUGCACGACCUGCUGCUGUUUUGUCCUUCUGUUCUUCUGUGGUGUUGUCUUCCAAGAUGUGUGUUUGGUCUUCAGCUCAAAUUACACUUUUACUGUAAUAUUGUACCGCUAAUCCCGGGUACACUCCACAAAACUGAUUAAGACAACAUCAUUGGACAUGUUGAGCUUGAGUACUGUAGUUUAUGAAAAAAGUAAAGUUGUAUUUUAAUUGUAUGCAUAUGGAGGAGAUCCAUAAACAUAUGACGUUGAUUUUAUAACAGGGAUGAAUCAGGGGAUGAGUCAUUUGGAAAAGUGCCUUUACUUAAAUUAACACAAAUCUUAGAAGUCACAAGUGUAUGAAAUAGUGGGAUGUUAUAAAUGAUGUUUCCCUAGAACUGAAAGAUUGGUGUUUCGUUUGAAUGUCUUAAGAAGAGCUUUAAUGUUUUGCACACACAUUUUAUACAAUAAAAGAUAAUUUAUCACUAUUUUAA